AUGGCGAGCGAUCCCAACGCGGCGAGAGUGACGAGCACCGACGAUGGGCGGAAGAAAGAGCAGCGCGCUCGCUGGGGUCUCACGAGGGCCAUGAUCGCCAAUAUGGUCAAGGGCGUCACUGAGGGGUUCACGACGAACCUGCGCCUAGUGGGUGUGGGGUACAGGGCUGCGCAGGAGCCGAACGAGAAUGGAGGACAGAGACUGAGGAUGAAGCUCGGGUUCUCGCAUGAUGUCGUCGUCGAUAUCCCCGAGGGGAUCACUGCUGAGAUCGUCAGGCCGACAGAGAUUACGCUCAGGGGCGCGCACAAGGAUAGGAUAGGCCAGUUCGCGGCGGAUAUCAAGAAAUGGAGGAAGCCAGAGCCGUAUAAUGGCAAGGGGAUAUUCAUCAACGACGAGACGAUCAAGCUUAAGCAGGUCAAGCGGUGA